GCAAUGCCUCCCCUUGCCUCAUAGCUGCGGUUCAGGAGCACCCCGGGCAGGGGUGGGAGCAGGAGCCGGCAUCUCUCGGCAGGCAAGGGGGGAGUGAGCUCCUGUGGAAAAAGGAGGGACGAAGGCGUCUCUGCUCCGCGUCCAGGCCUGAUGUGCCCCUUCCGGCACAGCAGCGGGGAGCAGACGGUGGUGUGCAAGCACUGGCUGCGUGGACUGUGCAAGAGGGGGGACCAGUGCGAAUUCUUGCAUGAGUACGACGUCACCAAGAUGCCCGAGUGCUAUUUCUACUCCAAGUUUGGCGAGUGCAGCAACAGAGAAUGCCCCUUCCUGCACAUUGACCCAGCCUCCAGAAUUAAGGACUGUCCCUGGUACAACAGAGGGUUCUGCAAACAGGGUGAAUGCUUUGUGCUUGGUAACUACGGGAACGGGAGCGGGGGCCUAAGGGGCGGGAUGCCUGGGUUCUAUUCCUGGCUCGGUUACUGAGGUGUGGCGUAGCCUUUUUUUUCCUUCCUGCCUCAGUUUGCCCAUCUGUAAAAUGGGCCCGAUACUUGCCUGGCAGCACUCUGGGCAUAUUGAAGGCCCUUCAAGUGCUUUGAGAUCUUCCAGUGAUAAACACUUUGUUCUCUAUAGAGUCCCUUGCAUUAUUCUGCAACACGUGAUUGUUCAUGAAGCUAAUUAAAAAAUUGGCAACCAACAGGAGGUAGAAAUGGAAAAGGGUACGUGUGUAAUCUGGCCCUCAUGACCCCCAAAAUGCAUGGCCAUUGGAUAUGGUCUGUGUCUAAGCAGCUGGCUGGAAUUCUGGGCACUGAGCACACAGUGGGGGGCAGGGAGUUAGACUGUAAAGAAGAAAU